AUGUGCGCCUCUCCUCCACUCGCCACUCACUCCUUCUUCCGUCCGCUCUCGUCAUUCCCCACCCCCCAUCCGCCCCCAACCCACCCGCCCACCACCCUUUUAUGCGCGCUUGCUCACGCGGGCGCAUCUGUGUCGCAACGGAGGCGAGGCAGGGGGAGGGGCGAGGCGGUGUGUGAGGAGGUGAGGGCGGCAGCGGGGGCGGCAGGGAGUGCGACGUUCAUAGAGUGCGACAUCACCGACGCCUCUGCACUUGACAGCCUCCUCUCAGGAGCCGACCUCGUGGUGCACUGUGCGGGGCCCUUCCAGCAAGAACCGAACUGCACCGUUCUAGAAGCAGCCAUCCGCACCAAGACGCCCUACGUGGACGUGUGUGACGACGUGGCGUUCGCUGCCAACGCGCGCUCGCUGCACGGGGCUGCAGUGGCGGCGGGUGUGCCGGCCAUCACCACCGCCGGCAUCUACCCGGGCAUCAGCAACUUGAUGGCAGCGGAGCUGGUGCGGCUAGCGGGGGAGGAGGGGGCGCGCAUGGAGGAGCAACAAGGCCAGCAGCAGGCCGCCCUCGGCCUUCGACCAAAGAGCCUGCGCUUGUCGUAUUUCACGGCGGGCACGGGGGGGGCGGGUUCCACCAUCCUGACCACCAGCCUGCUGCUGCUGGGGGAGCCUGCCACGGCCUUCAAGGACGGGCAGCGCCUGCAGCUGCCAGCGUACAGCCGGCAGCGUCUGGUGGACUUUGGGCCGGGCGUGGGGGAGAGAAGCACGUACCUGCUCAAUCUACCGGAGGUGGUGUCAGCGCACGAGGUGCUGGGGGUGCCCACGGUGUCGGCGCGCUUUGGCACGGCGCCACACAUGUGGAACUGGGGCAUGCAGCUGCUGCACGCCCUGGUGCCUCAGUCAAUGUUGCAGGACCGCAGCGCAGUGCAGCGCAUCGUGGGCGCGUUGGAGCCGCUGGUGCGCGCUGCUGAUGGCAGCGCGGGAGAGAGGGUCGCCAUGCGGGUCGAUUUGGAGACCGAGAAUGGUCGCUCCACAACGGCUCUGUUCUCUCACCGCCGUUUAUCAGUGAGUGUGGGCGUGGCCACAGCAGCGUUUGCUGUCGCCCUGCUGGAAGGCACGUCCCUGCCAGGCGUGCACUACCCCGAACAGGUUGAGGCCAUCCCAGUGGUGCAGCGAGAGAAGCUAUUGCAACGCGCCACUCUGGGCGCACGGUUCUUUGCCAUCAACAAGCCCGGUUGGAUGAUUGAGAGGGAACCCAAGCAGAUUGGCAUGGGUAUGUACGUAUGA